AUUUCUACUUACGGAGUACUAACCCUCCAUAUCUACAUAGGAUGCCGCUUCAAAACCUCCCGGUUGAGAUCAUUUGCAAAAUCCUUCACGUCGUAGGAAGCUAUGAACUCAGAAAACAAAAGACUGUCUGCAAGUGGUGGUAUACACUUGCAGAACCUAUUCUACUGGAGACUGUUAUCCUCACUGCCACUCGGCUUACACAAAUGACUGAGCAAAGGCAUGCAAAACUCAGGGUCUGGGUAAAGUCGCUCAUAGUUGAUAUGUGUCGCUUCGAACACUGGCCUGGUGAGAAGGGCAAUGGGGCAUUAGAUGAUAUUCUGAUGCUUCAAUACUGUCGCCUUUCAUCCUUCAGUUUCCGAGCACAUAUUGAACAUGCAGGAGUGCCUCUAGCCCCUCGCAUUAAUUACCUCUCGAAGUGGUCUCCGGCUAGAUUUUUAGAUGCUCCUUGGCUUUCCAAGCUCUCAGGGCUGGAGAUCGACACCUGCGGCUCUGAAUUCAAGAACGGAAUACAUGUCUGUCCUAAGCUGGCGCUCAAGAUUCCCCGUCUGCAAUAUGUACGGCUGCGAAUGCUCAGAGUCUGUCCUGAGAUCUUUGACCUGCAGUACCAAGAUAGUGCCCGGCCCUCAAAAAUCAAAAGUAUCAUCAUCAAAGUCAGCUUCAAGGAAAUGGACCGAUUCACUGCAGGAUUUAGCACCCAUUGCACCGAGUCAAAGGGGGGAAGGGUACUAUACAAUGACAUGGUCAGGACAGCUACCGAGAUGGCUAAGCAAACACAGAGCCUUAAAGUGCUGAAUAUCUUGAUCCACAAUUUCCCUAAAGAGAUGGUGGUUAAGGAUUGCAUCGCUGGGACCAAGAUGCUUAUUUCUGACGAACGCGAUUGGGACUGGUCCGAUAAGGGUUGGGAGUGUCCAGACAACGAGGUUCUAGCCAGGGAUUUGAGUGAUAGUGAUAUAGAAGGGCAUGCUCUUUGAUCUUCGAGCUACCAAGAGACAGAGUGCGUAUUGGAUGUCUGAAUAGUGAAC